AUGGCGAUUCCCACGGGAGCCCAGAGGUGCUUCUGGAACGGCCUCCUGCUCUCAGCCUCGAUCCUGGCCCUCUGGAUUCUCCAAAGCUCCCAAGCAGCCCUCCACAUCCAGAAGUUUCCAGAGAAGCCUCUAAAGAACCAGGACCUCCUCCUGUCCGUGCAGGGCGUCCCGGACACCUUCCAGGACUUCAACUGGUACCAAGGGGAGGAGAUGGAUGGUGGCACGAUGCUGUUCUCCUACUUUCCAGGGCUACAGCGGCCGCAGAGGGAUGGCAGCGCCUUGAGGCAGCGUGACAUCGUUGGCUUUCCCAAUGGCUCCAUGCUGUUGCGCCGCGCCCAGCCCAAUGACAGUGGCAUCUACCAGGUGGUCGUUGCCAUCAACCCGUCCUGGUCCAUGAAGGCCAAGACCAAGGUCCAGGUGGUCGAAAAGCAUCAGGAGCCGCCCAAUGCAAACUUCCCUGUGAAUAUCGGGAUCGUGGCUGCCAUCAUCAUUGGUUCUCUCACUGCUGGGGCCCUCCUUGUUGGCAGCUUUGCCUACCUCCUGGUGACGAGAGGCUGGAAGGGCCAGAACCACAGAGUGUCCCCUCCUGGAGGCCAGGGGUCUUUGUAAGCUGUGUCCCCAGUGUCUACAAUGGUGCCAAGCGCAUGGAUGACCCCCACAGACAAGCCAGAGCUGAACCUGGAGCGUAACACUGGUGACAGCAACAUCUACGAGGUGACGCCAUCACCGGUCCUCCUGGUGUCCCCCCUCAGUGACACGGGGCUCAUGAAUUCAGCCAUGCCCCCGCCCCUGCCCCCACCCCUGCAGCCGGAGCCAGAGGACCACCACUACCAGGACCUGCUAAACCCCGACCCUGCCCCCUACUGCCAGCUGGUGCCAGCCCCUUGA